GACCCGGAGGUGCAAGAAUUAACCGACAGCUGGGGAAUGCAUAUACGGUGAUUUUACCAUGCUGGUGAAGGCGUAGUGAAAUGAGGUUCUCAGGCCUUCUCGGCGAUCUGCUUAUCACGAACUGGCCUUCAACCCGCCUUCUCUGUUACACAUGGGUAGUGGUCUAUAAUGUGUCAUCUGCGCGGGUCCCCAACUCAGCAAGCCUUCACCUUACUAGCUGGGCAGAAGCCCACAUAGCAUUCUCACAGCCGCGCAGUCCGUUGGAUAUUCAGGAUCCUAGUGGCGAUCCUAGGGACGUAUCUACUGCCACCGGUGCGGUGCAUAGAUCGAUAGUCCCUGCGCGUCAUCUACAGUACCUAUCAGCUAGCGAGAAGCAGCUCUCUUGUUACGCGUCUCCUUCUAGCUCCUCUGAGAAUACGCGUAGCCAUGCUUGUUGGGCUGUCAUAAGAUGAGUGGCUGCUUCUGUUUCUGCAUACACCGUACAUGCCUCCCUUCAUUCGCAAAAUAGCGCAGCCCCCCACCCGCUCGGAUACGCUGAAGCAGGCCACAGAUGAACGAACUGAAGGUCAGAUGCUCGCAUAGCGUCUGUCACUCUACCCCGGUGAGGUUCAACUUUCCGUUUCACUUCGACGCCGCCCCG